AUGAACGCCGACUGGGGCUACUUCCUGACCAAAAAGUCACCGAUUCGAGGGUUCCUGAUCGACCUCUGGCAUGCAACCAUAAAUCCACUGGACUUCAGAGCAAAACAUCAGCCAGAAGUAUUGAGAGGCUACCGUUGCGAUUUUGUACGCGUCUUCAUGGCAUCCCCGGUCUCAUUCCAUGCUCAUUCCAGUGAUGCAAUUCCCGUCAUCCCAUCCAUGACCGUUGUUCUCGAGGAGGAUCCGCCGGUUCGUCCAAAAAGGGGCUUGACAGAAGCUCAAAAGAACAACUACCUUAUAGCCACCUUCGAAUCACAGAUGGUCUCAUACCAUGGGCCUAUGGCACACGGAGGUCGAGGACUUAGGUGGAAUCAGAAGAGCGUCCGCAUCGGCAAUCCCCAAAUAAUCGCUUUAGCUUACGCCACAGACAAGCGCCGCCUUUUGCAACAAUUCAAGAAUCUUGUCGCGACUGGCCACAUUGCAAUAGUACUGGAAAUGGUGAGCCAGAAUGAUGGGAGAGUCGUCACGGCACAGGAAUGGAAAAUCAUAUGCGAAUGCUGCGAGGAAGCAGGCCUAUAUCUCGUCGUGGACGAGGUCUUAACCGUCUGGCGCUGUGGCGCGCCCUUCGCGCAUUUGUUACCGCAGUAUAGCGAGUACAAGCCGUCAUUCGUGGUAUUUGGGAAAGCUCUCGGGGCAUGUGGUCUUGCUGUACACUGGGAUGGCGUCCACCUCAAUCGUCUCGGCUACGCAGAGCCUUGCAACGCAGAAGACGCAGCGAACUUUAUCGACCUGUGGGAUCACAAGCCGUCCAGGGUGAUCAGCCCUGACGACGCCCUUCGAUCGUGGGGCUACAUCCUGCUCUCUGAAGAAGACAGAUGGUGCACACGGGCGCUGCAGAUUGGACAAAAUUUACGGAGGGCGGUGGCUAGGCGCCAUCCGGACGUCCCCGUCGGGGGCUUUGGAGCUCUGAUCUAUCUCCCAUCCGAAGUUGCCGGAGAGAUGGACAUCGUGGGGGCGGCGGUCAACGGAGACUUGACACGAUGGCUCCCUUACCUGGAUGAGGGUCUGACUGAAUUCGAACACGUGAUGGAGCUGUUCCAGGACUCGGGAGCAGCUAUGCGACGAGCACUGGCAAAGUCAUAUCAAAAUGUCACCAUGAUCAGAUGCAUCUCUUGCAGUGACUACCUUCAUGAGGUCAUGUACGCGUGCAAGAAGUGCGGUGGAAAUGUUUGCGGUGAUUGUGUGGCUCGAGGCGCUAGCGAAAGGCACCAGGAGAAGAGGUGUCUUUCAGGGAACAGGGAAAGCUGA